AUGGUAGUUGUUGCAGAUGAGGAUGUCUCGACCAAUGACACAGCCCAGCCAGCCCUCCAGACCAAGAUGGGCUCCUUUAACGCGGGCUGGGGCUUCGACUGCUGCUGCCUGGCUGUCCAGGAAGAAAGGGCUGAGACCCAGGCGCUUGUGGUCAAUGCUGGUGGAAGCAACUCCAGGUGGCCAGGUCUCAGGGCAAAGAUCCUGACGAAGCGGAGUCCAACUCAGGAGUCGCAAACUCCGACCCCCAGGCCGAUGGCACCUGAGAAGCAGAUGGAAGCCAAGGAGGACUUGAAGGAGCAGAUCCAGUUAAAGCUUCCUGCAGGCUGGUCGAAAAGAUUUACUCCUAGAACUCCCGCGCGGUUCCUUUGGCGUCUUGACAGCAGCAUGCUUGAAGACAAUCCAUUUGCUGCAGACUGGACCAAGCCCAUCAACCGAAAGGAAGCAGAGGAGGAGGCUCAUGAGCUAGCAGAUGAGGACCCCUUCGGACUGGGUGAUUCCGGCGAGGAUGCGUUGACAGUGGUUGACGUCGUUCGAAGCCUCUGCAAGCAGGACGAAGAUGAGUGGAGCGAAGAGGAGACGACUUUGCGUGGACUCUUUGCAGACACCCCAACCAUGGACAAGGAAGGCGAAGGCAGAGAGAGCGAUUCCCUCGCCGCAUGGGAUGCGCUCGCUCAG